AAGAGUCUACAAUAAUUUUUGACAUCUACUCGCAAUUUCCAGUUAAUUCCAUUGGAAUCACUGAGAUUUGUUCUUCUUGUGAGUGAAACAUGUGACAUUGUUGAAGCUUCGUAAUUAAUCUUCUUAUUCUGCGAAUUUGAGUCAUUCGUACAAUCACAUUCACUUUCAUCAUCAACAAUGUUAUCGUCUCUCUCAGUUUCAUUCUCAAGGUCAUUAACCUUAGCGAGGUAUGCUUUCUCUCUUUCUUCCAUUCCCAAUUUUCUUCCAAUUUCUUCUUCAAACAUUUUCCUUCUUUCAUUCUCUUCUCAUUCUCGUUUCAAUUCCAAUGAAUUUGAUGUUAAUGAUGCUGUUUCCUCAUUCCGUCGCACACUCUCUAUGCAUCCUGCCCCAUCCAUUAUCCAAUUCACCAAGAUUUUAGGGUUCCUUGUUAAGAUGAAGCAUUACCCCACUGUUAUUUCUCUUUCUCGUCAAUUGGAAUUCAACGGAAUCACCCUUGACUUAAUUACUUUAAGCAUCUCGAUGAAUUGUUACUGCCACUUAGGUCAAAUGAAUUUUGCAUUUUCUGUAUUUGCUAAGAUUCUCAAGAUGGGGCUUCAACCCGAUACCAUAACCUUGACUACUCUUAUGAAAGGUCUAUGUCUUAAUGGUAAAGUCCAGGAAGCUCUGCACUUUCAUGACCAUGUGAUCAAACAAGGAUUUCAUUUGGAUCAUGUUAGUUAUGGAACUUUGAUCAAUGGAUUGUGUAAAAUGGGGGAAACAAGAGCCGCCUUGCAAUUGCUAAGAAGGAUUGAAGUGAAACUAGUCAAGCCCGAUGCGGUUAUUUACAGUACAAUUAUAGAUAGUUUGUGUAAAGAUAAGUUUGUAAAUGAUGGUUAUGAGUUGUAUUCCGAAAUGAUUUCUAAGAAAAUUGAUCCUGAUGUUGUCACUUUUAGUGCUUUAAUAUAUGGAUUCUGCAUAGUUGGUCAAUUGAAAGAAGCGUUUGGUUUGUUCCAUGAAAUGGUAAUGAAAAACAUCAAACCAGAUGGUUUUGCUUUUAAUAUAUUGGUUGAUGCCUUAUGCAAGGAAGGGAAAGUAAAAGAAGCAAUGAAUGUGUUGGCUAUGAUGAUGAAAGAAGGUGUAAAACCAAAUGUUGUUACUUAUAGUGCUUUAAUGGAUGGGUAUUGCUUAGUUAAUCAACUGAACAAGGCAAUAAGUGUUUUAAACACUAUGGUCUACAAGGGAGUGAGGCCGAAUGUUCAGAGCUACAGUAUCAUUAUUAAUGGAUUGUGUAAAAAUAAAAUGGUUGAUGAAGCCAUGAACCUCUUUAGAGAAAUGCAUAGCAAGAAGAUUAUUUCUGAUGUGGUGACUUACAAUACUCUCAUUGAUGGUUUGUGCAAAUCGGGGAAAUUCUCUCAUGCCUGGGAACUUGUUGAUGAGAUGCAUGAUAUAGGUCAACCAGUCAAUAUAAUCACUUGCAAUUCUUUAUUACAUGCUUUGUGCAAAAAUAAUAAUCUGGACAAGGCAAUUGCAUUUGUUAAGAAAAUUAAAAACCAAGGUAUUGUGCUAGAUGUUCGCACAUACACUAUACUAAUUGAUGGUCUUUGCAAAGGUGGAAGACUUAAGAAUGCACAAGUGAUUUUUCAGGAGCUUUUGACUAAAGGCUAUCAUCCAACUGUCGUGACAUAUAAUGUUAUGAUAAAAGGACUUUGUAAGGAUGACUUGUUUGAUGAAGCACUUGUCAUGCUAUCGAGAAUGGAAGACAAUGGUUGCACUCCUGAUGUCAUAAGUUAUGAAACAAUUAUCUACUCUCUCUUUGAAAAAGGCGAGACAGAUAAAGCCGAGAAACUUCUACGUGAAAUGUUUUCUAGAGGUCUAUUGGAAAAGAAAAACUAGCUUGCAUGGCUUAUGGACAUGUGAAAUUUCCUCUUUAAGGAUGUGUAGCAUUGCUUGCCGGGUAAUUUCUUUAGCUGCAGCAAGAUUAAGUAUUGAUUGCCAUUUUAGUGACCCUAUAUUGUGUUUCUUUUUACUUCUUUCUCCUAUUCUAUAGCCUUGUGACUUGCUGUGUAUUCGGAAUUUCCAAUCAAAAUUUGAAGAAAUGUGGCAAACGCAUUCAAAUUAUCAAAGCUUUCCUAUUGGUAAUCCAAAAUUCUAUGCUUAUGAGUAUCAAAAUGCAUUAACUACACCAUGUUUAGCAGGAAAAUCUUAUCUUGGAAUGGUGAUAUCCUUAUGUCAAACUAAUGUUCAUAUUGCAUUUGAAUCAUAUAAUUAAUGAUAUAUUGGUCCAUUUCUUCUUAUAAGAAUUGGUUUUUUCCCUCCACAUUUUUUUCUAUCAAGCUGAAGAAAGAAAACCAAUACUAGUUAAAUACUUAUGUAAUGCUCUGUAUCUUGGUAUUUGUCUCAACAAUCAGAUUGAAUGUGAUACUCUCCUCCCUAAAAACACCAAUCUCCUUCAAAAGAAUAGUUUACUGAUUGUAAAAUCUUGUGCUUGUUAUUUCCUUGCAAUGCACUUUAUUAUCUUUCUCCCUUGCCUUUCCACUGGAGCAUCAUUCUCUGUGUAUUUCACAAUAUCCCCUCCCCGUUGUCUUUAAAAUACAAGAUCAUUUAAUUCACAUUUCUCAGAACCAUUGAUGAAAUCGGUGCUUGACCCCAAAAAGUAUUGAUCAUAUUGAUUACUCAUAUCAUUUUCUCUCAAAGAUAGAUGAAAAAAGAAGAAGUAAUGAUGGAUAACACUUGCUGGAAUGUCUUUAUAUAGAAUUGAACGCUCUUCUUGUAGAGCAUCACAAAAUUAGAGCAGCACUUAUAAGAAGCUUGAAGAGUAGUAUCAUGAAUUGUAGUGAUGGAAAAAUAAUUAGUAUUAUGAGUAGCAUACUCGCAUCGCAUUCUUUUAACAAAUUUUUGUGUGAAAACACUGCCAUCAUUGCAGAACAUGUUACAUAUUGGAAAUAUGGAUUCUUAAAGUCAAUCCAUCACCUUUAUAUUAUUAAGCCGAUUUUACAGAGGAGGUGGUCCACAAUGAACUGGUAUGGCACCCAAAAAUCGUCCAACACACCAAUAAUUGAUGCCGCUCUCUAUCAUUGGAAGUUCUUUGUUCUCACGGUUGAAACAAUGACCUGAUGGGUGCCCUUCAAAAUUUGAACGCAUCCAUGUUACUCUUGUUAGAGCAGUAACAUUAUCCUCAGGUACGAUGUAUGAGUACAUGAUAAAAUUUUAGUAGUCCUAAUAUGAAUGAUGUAUAUAUUAUACAUACUAGUGGUGGUAUCAAUUCCAAUAAUUUUUUUCUUUCCAUUUCUCUACUACUAGAAGAAUCUUCUUCAUUGCUUAGAGCAGUAGUUGUUUUUUCUCAUGCUUGCAUUCGUAACUGGAAAGUUUACAUCUGAAUUAUUGCCUGUACUUCUAUUUUGUCUAUUUCAAACUUAAAGAAAAUUUAUCAUAAUUAUUUUAGUAUAGAACAAGGUAAAGGCAUGGUUACUUAUGUCUAGUAUACAAGAGCAAAGUUUCUAGUUAUUUUAGUACAUAUGAUUUUAUUGUAUGUAAUCCUCUCCUGAAAAAGUAGUUGAAGUUAGAAUGACUUCAACCUUUGCUAAGAGGUUUUGUUGAUCUUCUUUUGCUUUUAUCAUACUGCAUGACAUCUGUUUUGAAUAUUUACACUUAUUUGUGUUUGAACUGUAUCUGUUGUUUUGCUAUCAAAUUUGUUUGUUUCAAUGCAAUUCAACCUUUGACUGUAUCUACUUGUUCAGUUGGUAUAUAUGUGUAGGUUUCAUUGUUAAAAUAACAGCAACAGUGAAAAAGACAAGGAUAGUUUGGAACUAAUGCAGGCCUUAUUGAUCGUAUUCAUCUGGAUGAGCGAAAAAUUAUUAUGGCUGAAGUUUUUCCAGAGAUGCCAAGAAAUUCUGAAUUUGGAGUAUUCAUAUUCGAAUUAGCAAGAUCCUCGUGCCACUUGGUUGCUCUUUUUAGUUUCAUUUUCUCUUCUCCAUCGUCUACGUGGAUGUGUGCACUCAAAUUUGUAACUUUAUAUGCUCAUAAAUGAGCAAAAUCAAGAAAACUACACUAUGAAUUGUGUAUCAUAAAAAAGGAGAAUUAACAAAUUUAUAACAUGUAUUGAAGUAGUUGUAGACUCACUCAUAUCUAUUGAUUUCCCCCUUUUAAGAUCAAAUUCAUUGAAGAACUUUUGGAAGUA